AUGUUGACUGAAAAACGACAUCUAAUCAUCCAGAAUGCUCAAAUAAACAUGUUGGUUCAUGUUAGUGGCCACCUCAAUUCAUUCCAACGUGCACUGUCUGAUCUAAGUCACACUCAUACUGGGGAGAAACCUUACUUUAGUAGAGUAUGUAAUAAAAGCUUUUCGCGGAGGAGUUUACUGUCAAGGCACACUAGUGGUCAUACGGGCAAGAAACCAUUUUCUUGUAGUGUAUGUAAUCAAAGUUUUGCAAGGAAAGAUAAACUAGCUAAACACAAUUGUACUCAAACUGGUGAGAAACCUUAUUCUUGUGGUGUAUGUGAUAAGAGUUUUUCAAAAAAACAUUAUCUAACAAACCACACUUAUAUCCAUACCGGGGAAAAGCCUUAUUCUUGGGAAAUAUGUAAUAAAAGUUUUUCGCACUGGACAAAAUUAACAGAGCACAUAUGUGUUCAUACUGAUCAGCUAGCUAAACACAAUUGUACUCAAACUGGUGAGAAACCUAAUUCUUGUGGUGUAUGUGAUAAGAGUUUUUCAAAAAAACAUUAUCUAACAAACCACACUUAUAUCCAUACCGGUGAAAAGCCUUAUUCUUGGGAAAUAUGUAAAAAAAGUUUUUCGCAGUGGACAAAAUUAACAGAGCACAUACGUGUUCAUACUGGUGAGAAACAUUAUUCUUGUAUAGUGAAUAAAAAUCUAACUCAUCACAGUCGCAUUGAUGGUGGUGACAAACCUUAUUCUGGUUACACAUGA